AUGGCUCAAAUCAACUUCUUAUCACUUUUCAUUCUCACAUUCAUUGCCACCACAAUGGCCGUGACUCCUUCAUCGAACACCACCACUAAAACCUACAACAAUUACAUCAAAACAUCAUGCAACACCACCACUUACCCAUCGGUUUGCUUAAAAUCCCUCCUCCCUUACGCUACGGCGGUCAAAUCAAACCCGCUUAGACUCGUCAAACAAGCCCUCUCCGUCACCCUCAAGUCCGCUUCCACCACUCGUUCCGCCAUCUCAAAACUAGCCAAGGCCAAGAACAUAACCAAAGGUGAUGCUGCCGUCCUCAGAGACUGCAUUGAAGAUAUUCAGGAUUCCAUUGGUGAAAUCAAAGACUCACUCAACGCGCUUUCCAGCCUUAAAUCGUCUACAAAUAAGAAGUUCGUGAUUUCUAACGCGCAGACUUGGACUAGUGCGGCCAUCACCGACGAGUACUCCUGCACCGAUGGGAUUUCAGAUGAAGAUGUUAGUCCGGAGGUCAAGAAGAAGAUCAGGAGUGGCAUAAUGAGUAUUGCAAGGAUGAGUAGCAAUGCUUUAUAUCUCAUUAAUCACCUCAAAAUUUGA